AUGAAGGCUGCGGCACCCCAGGAUGAACAGCCGAACCCGAGCCCCAGCCCCGGCCCCAGUCCCAAUAAGCCCAAAGUGGCCAAGCACCACAAGGCGAAGGGCCUCGUCGUGGUGCCGGGCGAGGUGGAGAAGUUCAUCGGGGAGGCCCUCCUUCGAUCCCACCCGGCAUUUGACGUCGCCGCCCAGUUGUCUGGUCGCCUCCACCUCACCAACUUUCGUUUGAUCUUCCUCCCCGACCAUACCAGCCAACGCGUGCCUCUCGGCUCCAUCUUUCGGGUGAAGUACUUCGAUCGGCGAGACCGCUCCAACAAGUCGCACUCCAAAGCCAAAGCCAAGGGCGGGGCGGUCCAGCCCAAGACUCCCGCUGGCUACCACCUCAUCCUCUGCCUCAAGUGCAAAGACUUUCGGGAGGUGGUGUUUGCGCUCGACACGCGCGACGACCGGCACGCCGAGUUCUACGGGGCCGUGCUCAAGCGCACAUUCCCGGCCAACGUGCGGGAGCUCUUCGCCUUUUCCUUCCGGCCCCCGUGGGAGCAGGUCGCCCGCUGGUCGUUUUACGACCCCCAGGAGGAGUUCCAGCGGCAGGGCCUGUUGGUGGUGCCCAAGUCCAUCGACGACGACACCCUCCGCAAGGUGGCCGACUUCCGUUCCAAGGGGCGCCUGCCCGUGCUCUCCUACAAGCACGUCAAUCAGCCUGCCAGCCUUGAUUGCAAGGCCUUCGGGCUGAGCGAAAGGGCUGAUUGGAUGACUGAAUGCUGA